UGGAAAGAGAGGGAUCCGGCGCGGCGACUACUCGCAGCGAAUCCGGCUCCCGCACCCACCCGUGGAUCUGGCCAUGGCUGUUGCGGACGCGUCUCGGGAAAGCGGGGACAGAGCGCGCAUGGGGGUUCGUGUCUGGCUGGGGGUGCGCAGUGGCGGAAACAAGACAGGAGGCGGCUUGGGAAAAAGUGGAGCAGAAAUGGAAAAAUACAAACUCACCCGCUGCAAAUGGUCUCUCGGUGCAAACUAAGGUGUUUUCGGGCCUUUCCCCGCGCGCGCCCACUCCCGCCCGCGCGCGCACCCCAGGCACACACUCACUCGCGCACACACGCGCGCACACACGCACUCCCGGGCGAGGGCCGGGCCGCCGCGAGUACAGCGUGCAACCGCCACACAAUAAAUAACAAUAGAUUCCUCCGCUCCGGACUAGCUUCCCGGAGCCCAGCCAGCGCCGGUGGCGGCGGCGGCAGAGGCGCGGGUAGCACCGGCUGGGGGCGCCCCCCAGCCCGACCCCCGGCCUCCCGCUGGGGUUCCCCUCUCCGCCUCACGCACCCCGCCGGACGCCCCAGCGGUCCCCCCCGAGCGCGAGCGGUUCCCUCUUUGCCGUUGGCCGGGGCGCUGGCGCCCACCCCCUCCCCCCGCUACAUCCCGGAACAAAUAAAUAAAUAAGGCGCGCGAGAGAGGCCAACACGUCGCGGAGGGAGAUGUUGUUAUUUUUUGCUGUUGUGCGUCCCUGACGUCACAUCCACCUGCUGGGUAAACAACCGGGCUCCCAGAAAAAAAAAAUCGCAAUUGCCAAAGAAUGGGGCGGGGGGACUGGGGGGUGGGAUCCAGGGAGGGGGAAGAGAGGGGCGUCCAGGCUGGAUUGGGAGGAGGAGAGGGAGGCAGAGACCCGCGGACCAGAGAGAGGAAGGGAACGCCUGAGCAGUCCCUGGCAACAGAGGGAUCUGGCAGGAAAGACCUGGAAAAUAAGGGGCUUGGGGGCGGGACGGGGGGAUUCCUCAGGAGAUGGGAAAAGGGGGGCCCAUUCAGACAGCGGAAAAAACGAGAAGGGAGAGUGUUAACAACUAGGGACGAAGAUGGGAAUGCUGCGAUGGCUAUUUGCUUGGAUUCCGAGCUAAAAAUAUGAAAGGGAGGGGAGAGGACAGGCUAGGAUGUGAGUUUCCUCCAGUUAAAAGUGAAAGUGUUUUGCCAUCAGUGACAGUUGAAGGAGAGGGAGGUGGGAGGUGGUGUUUUCGACCCCCUUUCUCCUUCUCUCCCGUCCUCCCUCGGUCUCUCCUCUUUCUUUCUGCACUUUGUCCAAUGAAAGAAGGCGAGUUCGGAAGGUGAAAGUUCAGCCGAAGGACAAACCUCUGUUUGCAAGGAAACAGAAACCCCGCCAGCCAGCGAGGGGUUUGCUCCCUGUUUCUCGGAAUCAGGAGAGUGUGAAUGUGGGACGAGCUUCUGCCCCCUUCCUCGUCAGAGUCACUGCAGGAAUGUGCAGUCGAGUCCACUUUGGGGGAAAGUGGCUGCAUCAGGAACUGUGUUCUUGCCAUGGCUCCUCUUAGGAAAACGCCUGGGGGCUAGCAUGUCAGUCCGUUGUUUAACACAAAUUACCUCCUCUCCCAGUGAUCAGUCACGUGCAAAAAGCUUUGUCCAAUUCUUUGAAAAGGUGAGAUUUUUUUUUUUUUUCUUUUUGCGGUUUUGAAGUUUGGUUGAAUUUAGAAAUUCGAAGGAAUAAAUUAGGAUCCUGAAUGAAAUGUUUUGAAAUAUAUAUAUAUAUAACAAAAGACCCUAGUAUUUCUUUCACUUUUAUCAAUACGAAUAGAGAGAAGGAAGCGGAGUAUUUGUUUCCAAAACGUGACUUGGAAAGCUGUAAGACCUCUACGUCUUUUUGUUGUUGCUAACAGAAAUAAAUUUUUUCACACCCAUCACCUCAGAAGAGGCCAGACUCCCAAACCAGUAUUUCCAGCUACUGGCUGGAUGGUGUACACCAGGCCAGUUCUUCAUGAGAAUAUAUUAAAAGUCACCCCUGUGGAUUCCUACAAAGUACUUCCUGUUGUGGGGAGGGGAGAGGCUUACUGUCCCUUUGGUCUUGAGACCAGCACAGUUGUAGAUAAUAUCCUGAAAAGGUGAUUAUAAGUUCUUUUGGAUAAUGCCCCUUUACAAAUAUUGUUAAACAUUCAUUUACAGAAGAAUUUAAAUCUCAAUUUCAAAGGUAGCAUAAGACUAUCACUUUAAAACUGUAUCUGUUUUCGCAAGUUUUGAAAAAAAUAACAAAGCCAUUCGCUGAUGCUACAGAAUACAGCCAGAGAAAGGGAGGCUGCUAAGGUAGUUCCAGCCUGGGAGAAUUCACAUUGCAUGCAUGCUGCACAAAGUUCCAUGCUAUCCAGACGAGACUGUUCACUGAAUCUUUGAGACUAGAAUCUAGACAAAUAAAAGGCAUUUUAGCUCGUAUAGAAUGUCCAAGCUUCCUAGAGACUAGGGUUCAAUGUCUUGUUUGUCAAGACAUAAAGACAUUAAUGACAUACCUAUUGUGUUCUAGACCACAGAGUGGGCACAGAGGGAAUAAAAAAUAAAUAAAAUUCCUGCCCUUGAGGAGCUCGCAGUCUACAGCUGUCAGUAAUAACAUCUAACAUUUAUUAAAUGCUUACUAAGACCUAGGCACUGAUCUAAAAGCUUUAUGUCAACUCAGUUAAUACUGCCAACAACCUUUGACAUCACUGGAAAUUCCAUAUGCUGAAUUCACAUGGAAUUAAAUGGGAAUCUACAAAGUAACCAGUCUCCUGGGUCUGUAGUAGUCAACCUAUUAAAAAUGUUUUUUAAUUUCUAAAGUAUUUUAUGUUUGCGGUAUAUGCCUGAUUGCAGAAUUAUAACUCAGAGGAAUAACAAGUUAUUUAAAUGUGGACAGAUCUAUUCAUAGUCUGUAAAGAACAGUUCAUCCUCUGAUCUUGUUUUUUAGAUUAAGCAGUGUGUUUAUUAAAAAUUAUUAUCAUUGCCAUACUAAAAAGAUCUUUACAUUGUCGCUAAUCUUAUUCUGCAUUUUAACUGCCUUAAAUUCUACAUUCACUUGCAAGGAGGGGCCAAAGUCAGGUUAGCAACAAGUUUUGCGGACAAAAGGAAAUCCUGGUUGUAAAUCCCAUGAUAUAUUGUACUCAGUUUUGUAUAUGAUACUGUCUAAUGUGCUGCCUUAUUAAAGAACUCGAUGUCCAUUUGGUUUACAUUAGAAGGAAAUUUAA